CCUUCCCUCACCAGCAUGUGGGCCCCCGACCUCCCCUGCUAGGACUGUCUGCGAGAUCUGGGCACGAAUACCAAUCGAUUGGCCGUCCUGUGCUUAUGCAUAGACUCGACUUGCUCUCGGCAGUCUAGACUCGGGUCCGCAGUGGUCUGCAGUGGUUGCACGAUAUUCCGAGAAGUGACUGAUCCCGGCCCUGGGGGUCCAGAAAGGAAGUCCAACAGAACGAGCAGCUCGAGCGUGACCUUGAGAUGGUUCCCCUUCGCAGACUAUCGCAGCGAGCCCGCCGCAGCCUCGACAGCCACCGCGACCCCUUCGAAUGGCACGACGAGCGCGACAAGAACAUCAUGUCGGCCACCUUCCCCAUACACCCGCUGUCAUCGAUGCAAGCGCCAUUUGAGGAGUCGAUGCUCGAUGCGACUGGCGAGACUGGCUUCGUACCUUUCCAGAACCCGAAGAAGAGCGUUAAGCAACGCCAGCAGAUGCUGUGUCGAGAGGAAAAGGCGGAGGAGCUUCAGUGGAACUUCACAUACAACUGCCAUUGGAGACACUAUCCAAAGGGCAAAUACCACCCACUAGUGAAGACGAUUACCCAGAUUGUCUUUGGCGUACAUCUGCUGCAUCAGCACCUGGAGAAGUCGGUUGCUGAUGUUGCCGACAUACUUUUGAAGCACGUCAACGAGCUGGAUGGAUUCCUGCAGCGAGCGAAUGAGGAUUUGGAAAGCAGCUUGAAAGACAUGCUCUUCCGUCACAAAUGCUUGAGGGUGCCCAUGGAGCACGUCAGCGAAUUCGACCGCCUGCUGGAAGACCGCGCUUAUCGCGCCCAGCUACUUGAUGGCAACGUGACCAUCGAGCGCACCAUUACUCGUAUGUCGACGAUGUUGAACGAUUAUCUCACGGAUAUGAGUAUCUUCCGGGACGCGAACCACGGUCUCGACCUCUACUUGCUCGACAUUGGCGUGGAUUGGACCUACCAUAAUGAAGAUGUUGGCAAGAUAUACUCUGCCAUGUGUGGAAAUACUGGCGGCUGGGCGCAAUUCUUGCAAAGUCUUGUUGCCAAAGCAGAGAAGCUAGGCGUGGUUUUGGUACAAGUGAGCAGCUAUUGCAACGAGAUUGAGAAGCGCUGCGGGGCUGCUAGUAGGCGAAGUUUGGCCGAGUACUACCAAGAAACCUGGCACAGCGAGGAUCAGCGUGGGCGGGCCGCACCACAAGCAGAACCAGGUCGUCGCACCGAAUCCAGCCCCAGGCAUAGGCGGAACUCAUUUGAUAAGCGUGCUGAAGAGACUGGGUCGUCUGCUUCGAAGCCAUUCUCCAAGACGGAUAAUGGGGUACACACCCCGCCAUUGACUGGAAAAGACUCAGCAUAUGCUUCGGUAUCCGGAGUGUCUGUGGCCUCGCCAGGUAACUCGACCCGUUCUCCCCAGGCGCAAUUCGGCUUGUUCCCAAGCAGUGCGCGUACCACACCCAAAGGCUCGAUUUCUGGGCGAUACGGUGCCAUGUCUCCUGCCCUCAGUGCAGACCCUCGCUCUGCGCAGUCUUCAGCGCCUUCUAGCCGACCCGAUACCGCCGUCAGCGGCCUUUCCGACGUCUCCAGCAAGCGUUUGUCGAAGCGCAGCAGCUUCACGUCGCUCAAGCGUCUGUUUACCAAAAAGCGUACGGAUGGCAUCAAUUCGAUACCCGAAUGA